AUGACAAACUACAAAGUCAUGACUAACCUACUCAUCGAAGACGUGUUACAUCUGCAGUGCACAUUAGUUUCAGACAAGAUGGCAAUGAAGUGUCUCUAUCAACACGUGUCAAACGAUUUAGACCAACAAAAAACGGUCUUCCCAUUUUGCUUUUCUGAAGGCGACGCGCUUCUUAAACAACGCAGUUUAUUUCAAGAACCCACAACUUCGGAGUUUUUCACGUUCACACUAACUGAUGUGAAUGGGACGCGAAAAUACGCUUAUUGUCUUCGAUUUCCACAUUUCUCGGAACCGGAAUGCAUCUGCAUCAUCGGCAAAAGACCUUUAAGUCACUUGUUUGAAGAAAUUUUGAGAAUAGCAGAGAAGCUCCGAAUGAAGUCUGUGAACAUAUUAAAUAAGUUCUUAGAUGACAUCUGCCUCCAACCUAUUCCAUUACCCAAUGAAGUGUUAUCUAACAUUUAUUUCCAUCAUUUACAAUACCAAUUCAUUAACUCGGACGACUUGACAACAAACACUUCACAUGACGUUUUGUCGCUACUCAAAGUCUUUGGAGCGUCAUUUUUAGUUGAUUUAGUCGGGUUCUUGUUGGUAGAAAGAAAGUUUUUGUUUGUCAGUAACUCGAUUCAGACGGUGUCGGAAAUGAUUAUGGCGUUUAUGUCACUCAUUACUCCGUUCCAGUGGCAACACGUGUUCAUUCCAGUCCUUCCAGUGUCGCUUGUCACAUAUUGUUCUGCGCCAAUGCCUUAUGUUGUUGGAGUGAAGAGCAAUUUCUUAGAGAAAGUGUUUAGUGAUUGUGGGUCUAUGGAUGACACCAUCAUAUUAAAUGUCGAUUCAGGAAAGAUGUUGAACAAAAACAAAUUAGACUUUGAGUUGGUGUUAAAUGGAAAUGAAGCCACGAAAUUAAAGAGUGCUUUGGCUUAUGUUUUAAGGAAGUACAACGAUUCUGUCGACGAUGAUGAAAUUAAAGAAGGCAACGAAAUCAUAUACAGGUGCUUUCACAAGUACCUUGCGUGGGUCUUUGGAAGCUAUAAAAAAUACAUUUGGUUCGACCAAACAAAACAAAAGCACAUUUUCCACAACGACGAAUUUGUGAAAGAAGUUGGGAAAGAUUCUGAAAAAAUGUUUUUGGUACAAAAAUUUGAAGAGAGUCAGAUGCGGUUUAUGUUUAUGAUGGAGCGUGAGGAACAAAUGGAUAAAGGAGUAACAUUUGAAAAGUACUGUCCUCUAUUACAAGACUAUAGUACUUUCGAUUACCCCAAAGACACAAUCAAAAGCGUUACCGAUUUGAGUCGAAUUGACACUGGUACUGGCAGAAUUAUAUGUAAGUUUUGUUAUGAAGAGAUACAACGAGAUGAGAAUGUCGGGUUCUUUGAAGGGAGGUUUUAUCAUGUCAAUUGCUUCAGGUGUCAUUAUUGUUUGAGAGUGCAAAUUGGAGACGAAAUAAAUGCGGACUUCAUGUGUUGUUUGUGUGCGGUGAGUGGCGACGAGAAAUUGUCGGACGAUGUAUUCUGCGAGAAAAUUGGUGUUGUUGUUAAACGAAGAAACAAGCAGAUGAAACUCGACGACGUAUUCUUAGAUGCUGGAAAGUAUUUCAAAUGUGCAGGCGAGAAUAAGCCCGAACCUCGUGCAAAGUCACUCAAACCACAAGUGAGGUAUUCCACGCGAUUAAAUAAAUCAAAAACAAAAACUAUGGUUGACGACGGGUCUAUUUUCAAUGAAAUUGUGAGGAGGACUCCAUCGCCAACACUUAGUAAACAAUUUAUUCAACACAAACCAAAAGCCUCAAAGUCGCCAACAGAAGGAAAUAAAAAGUUCUUGCAGAACAGAAAAACUACAGGAAGUCCAAUAGAGAAAAAUAGUGUCGAAGAGGUUGCCAAUCAAAAUAACAGUGAUGAAUCUGAUACAUUCGGUCCAGCUUCUACCCCACAACAAAAUUGA